CCUCACACCAAAACCUAUCUAGCUUUGCCUAUUGCUAGCACAGCACGCACGAGCUAGCUAGAGUGAGAGCCAUAGCAGUUUCGGGCAUGGCGAGGAGCAUUGCUCUGGUCUGCUUCCUCGUCGUCGGUCUCGGCCUCGUCGGCACCGUGUGCGCCUCGGCGGCGGUGGCUGGCGGCAAGAACGGAGGGCGGCUGGUGAACGCGGUGUACGUGUUCGGCGACUCGCUGGUGGACGUGGGCAACAACGACUACCUGCCGGCGCCGGCGCCCAGGGCGAACCGGCCCUACGGCAUGGACCUCCCCGGCAAGCCCACCGGCCGCUUCACCAACGGCUACAACCUUGCCGACGUCAUCUCACAACGUGUGGGGUUCGAGAUGAGCCCCAAGCCGUACCUCUCCAUGCUGCCGCACGACAAGAUUUUACUCGGCCUCUGCAAGAUUGGCGCCAACUACGCUUCCGGUGGAUCCGGCAUCCUCGACACCACGGGAAAAGGGACGCUCACAAUGCGGACGCAAGUUGAGUACUUCAAGAAGGCGGCGGACAACAUGAUUUGCUACCCAAGCAAGGAGGAGCACCUGGCGCGGUCCCUCUUCCUCCUCAGCGGUGGCGGCAACGACUUCUCGGCCUUCGACCCCUCCACCGCCAGCCCCCAGGCCUACGUCGUCAAGAUGGUCACCACCUACAUCGAGCACAUCCAGGCGUUGUAUGACAUGGGAGCACGGAUGGUGGGGAUCCUCGACGUUCCACCGAUCGGGUGCACGCCAGGGCAGAGGGUCGGCAUGCCCAACGGCGAGUGCAACGAGCAAGCCAACUCCCUCGCGCAGGCGUUCAACGGCCUCCUCAGGGCCAAGCUCGCCGAGGCCGCUGAGGUGACCAUGAAGGAGCUCAAGUACUCCAUCGCCGCCAACUACAACAUCCUCAACGACAUGAUGGACAACUCGCUGGUAGCCGGGCUGAGGCACGUGAAGACGGCAUGCUGCGGGUCUGGGAAGCUCAACGCGGAGGUGAUGUGCAGCCACCCAGGCACGACGGCGUGCCCCGCCGCCGAGCACGACGACUACAUGUUCUGGGACAUGCUCCACCCCACGCACGCCACCAUCCAGCGCGGCGUCGUCGCCCUUUUCUACGGCAACGGCCCCAAGUACGGCGAGCCCGUCAACUUCGGCAUGCUGGUCACGGGCAAGAAUGAAUCUCCUGCGCUCAAGAUGGUCGUCGACGACCAGUAAACGGCGACGUUCGUCGGCAUCCUUGCCAAUUCGAAAUAAUGAUGAUUUAAAAUUUGCAGCAGCUGCUAGCUAGCAAGGAGCUAAUAAGAGGUUGAUUUUCCCGUUAAUUAUUCCAUCUUGUGUUGUGUUGUGUUCUGUCCUUCGAUUAUUAGUAUGUGGAACUAAUAAAGUGAUUAAGUAAAUAAAUCUUGUCCUA